AUUUAUGAGAAUGUGGUUUUCGUUUUUUUAGCCUUCACCAGGAGCGAUGCCUCCUUUUGCUUCAAAAAAGCGACGCAUUAUAAUGUUGUUCUCGAGGGAAAGCUAAAAGCUGGUAUUUACACACCUUGGGAGCCAGACCCCAGUGAAGUGAGUCACAUGACCAUAGACAGGUGCACAGAGCAUUGCUGUAGAAAUCCCGAUAUUGAUGUUGUCUUUCUGCUGGAUAGGUGAGAGAGAGUGAGCUGUUUCAUGCGCAUGUCAUUUGUAACGUCCUAGUUUGCUUAAUUGAAAAUAAUGUGGGGGAUUUUUGUAAGAAAAAAUAUCGUUCAAGAUGACAUACCGGUGGCAGUACUUGGCUUUACCGCUGCAGGAUUAGCUCAGUCUGUAGAGUACUCGACUGCAGAGCGGGAGGUCGCUGAUUCGAAUCCCGGGGCCGGACCAAUACUGCCUUUUCCCUACAAACAGCUAGACCUUCGCAUGACUCGGAUGACCACGUAAAUUUGCGGUCUCGUCUCCACUUGAGACGUAAAAGUAGUGUCCUUAAUUGGCACGUUUUGCUAAAUACAUUGACACUCGACUAAAGUGCAUUUGUUUCACGUAGGGACACAGAUAUCUUCGUAAUACCUUAAGGGCCGGGGCAUUGUGGGUUUUUUGGAGGAAUGAUGUUGACUUGAGAGUAACAUAAAUGAAGUUAGAAACGAUAUACACCAACCGUGAUGAUGGACUAUCUGGUAUUUGUAAACUAAUUAUUCACUUCAUAUUUCAAUUUUCAACAAAUUUCCAAAUCCAAAAUUUUAUAGACCCUCCCAUCCCCUUAUUUUUAUACAUUUAAGACAUUCGAAAAAUCAUCGAAAUAUUCUCAAAACAUUAUUGAAUUAAGGAUCGACUCCAAAAUAAAAGGGUCAUUUUUGAUCGAAUGAAAUCUCGGCGAGAUAUUUAACGAAAAGGGCUGAAAGAGACGAAAAAUGAUGCUUUUACCAAACUUAUCCCCCUAAUUAACACUUCUAAUACUGCACUGUAAAUUUCCCGUACGCUUUACGGUUUUGUAGCGAAAGAUGCUCACGCGACUCAUUUAAAGCCUUUUAUUCUUAACAGGUUUUCAGAAAGAUACUGCUUCUGUGUUAAGUGUCAUUCCGAUCAUCUGUGCUUCUUAAAGAAGAUUACACCUCCGCCAUCAUUUACACCAAUUACUGUCACUCUCACAAAAAGUAAGUUAUCCGCUAAACAAUUCUUAAUAUAAAUAUUUGACGGAAGAUCUCCAUUAGUUCGAAAAUACCUGUUGGAAAGUGACAACAAUCUUCCCACCCUGAUACAGUAGAUUUGUCACCCUGGCAUUGAGGAAACUCUGCUACCACACCCUUCCCACAGAUAUUUUUACUACCCAGAAUCCGGGUGGUCACGUGAUCAGGUCCGACCAAUGGGUCUCUCCACCCGACAAUCCGCCUACAAGAAAGGAAAAGGAGAGAGAACCUGGGUACGAGGUUAACUUGAGCUUGCUAAAACGACUUCCAAAACUGAUUUCUUGCGUAUUUUUCUUGUCGAGGGCAAGUUGACUUAAUACUAGAGAUUGGUUGACGGCUUCGUCAUUUUGUUGCUUUGACUAUGAAUGUGUAAGUGAAUAUGUCGAGCACGUCCUCACUGGAAAAAAAAAUCGACCCAAGCAAAGCUUAAAAAGUACAAAAGGUUUUUGAUAUUCUUAUGUUGUAUGCUUUUGUUUAUGCAGGUUUAUGCUGCGUGAACUCCAAUCUUAAUACUUUCUUUUUCAGUAUUAAUACAUACAACAUAACGAAAGCAAAGUGUUUUCAAAUAUUUCAUUAUUUAUGUCAAACGUUUUUGUUCGGUUGACAAUGGAAAUAUUUUUUUCUAAGACAAUGCUACAUCAUGCUUUGUUGUAGUUGUUGUUGUUGAUUCUCUUUAAAGUUUUGAAACAUCGGAGUAGGCCAAACUAUCAACACACUUUGAAGUUCUCAAGUUUUCACCCUUCAACAAAGUUGGUUAAAAUUAAAUCAUUAAAUCACUUUGUCUAUUGUUUCAAUUACGGUGCCUGUUUGUUAAAGUGAUAAAGCUUCAACAUUUUUUCCUUUUAAAACUAAAAUAACAGGUAAUGCUUUCAUUGAAUUUAUGGAUGCAGGUAAUUGUUUAUAUUGAGUUUAAUUGUUUUCUUCGCGUUCUCUCUUUGUCGUCGUCGUAGUUUAAAGAUUAUUAGUUUGAGUGCAUUCUCUUUUAUUAAGUUAAACUUUAUGGACAAUUUUUUUGUACAGACUCUAUUUUCUUAAAAAUCGAUCGUUUGGUCGACUUCUUUCAUUAGAAUUUUUGCCAGACAUCACACAUUUCUGUCAUUCAUUCAAUCCGAUUCGGACAACUGAUAAAAAUGUGUUCAUAUAACUGAGCUAUAAUGAAGUUGUUUUGAAACUAGGCAUCGCAUACAAAUUAUUAAUAAUGAAAAUUUUAUUGGCUAGCGAUUCAAACACAGUCUUGACGUCGUUUUGCUAGUGAUUAUAUUUUUUAAUUACACCACUGUGAACUGACAUGUUAUAAACUGAACGAAACCUUUACUUCAAGGUUGAAAAUAAUGAAUUGGUUUUAACAUUUACUUUACCGUAAAUAUUUUCAAGGCUUUUAUUGUCUAGCUGCUAUAACUACAUGAAAAUAAUCUAACGGCGACAAUUAGAUUUUUCCGUCAGUUGUUUCAUUUAUCAUAUUUUGGUUAGAAAAAAAAACACGAAGUCUUCAGAAAGUUCAUGAAUACAAGUCGUCGAGCUAAAGCUGAGGGCUCAGUAGCCAUUACAUGGUAAGUUGAUGAACUAUUUCUUAAAAAUUUAGAAAAACAAAAAAAAUUAGCGUUUUAGUUUAAAUUCCAUUACUGAGGUUUAAACUCUUACAGUGUUUAUUCGCGGGCCUGGUGGUGAAAAUUACCUUUUAUCUGAUCUGUUUACUAGUGAUAGUGCGGAAUACUUGUUACUCAUUUCCGUUAAUCUACAAUUUUCCGUUAUAAUGCACGAGAUGUAAGGAUAUAUUAAAAAGCCUUUUGAACUUGUUUUACUGAGAACUUGUCGCAGCAACUUGUCUAGCAGUUUAAAAUGUCGGGAAUGCCCGAUCUGUUUUGUUAGGGACUGUAAGGAGACUAAGAUUUAAUUGCAAAAGUUUCUAUUUAUAGAUUGCGCCUUGAGUUAAAAGCGCAUCCUUACCUAAGCACGCCUAGGCUGUAGCCAUGAUAUGUUUUACUCCAGGUAGCUUCGAACUGACGACAGUCCCACGGGUUUGUCGAGUGUGCGAACAAACUGCAAGCGAAUUAAAAGUAAUUGGAGCCGUUUGAAAGAUGACGACCAGACGGAAAGUAACAGCAAAAUCAGGGAGCUUUUAAAAAGCAUCCACGACGACGGCGUGGCAGCGAGCUAAAAAAGUGAAUUUGCACCCUUUUAUUUUUAUCGCGUUUAUUUAGCCUUGCUUAAUUUGCCAGAUGCAGGCAAUUUUUUCCGGCGUUGAUUUUUUAAGGACUGUAUAUAAGUUGAAAAAAGUAACCAUGACAAAAUUCGUCUCCCUAUGUUCACGUCCUUUAUAAAAUGUGGCAUUAGGAAUUUUCAUGCACGCCGUCGUCGUGCAGUAGACGUAAAAGAAAUACUGUACGUACCAAAAAGUGUUAUGCCCUGAUGAACUGUCACCGCUUAAGGCCGUCGUUCGAACUAUCGCGGUACUGCAAAUAAAGAGUAUAUAGCCAGACUUGAACAGUAACGGAAACUACGUGUUACUCAACUGAUUUUUUGGUACCUCUCAGUGGAUUUGAACCACGCCCCAAAAAGAUACAUUCUGAUACCUUUUCAGGGAUGUUUUCCAAACUUUACGACAAGCCUCCCUGUCAUUAUUAGGAGCUAGAAGUGUACCCCUUCCUGGGGAUCUUCCUUCCUUUUCAUCUUCUUGUUUUUCUUUACCAACCUCCCCUAGGCUCGUUUGCUCGCUCCAGUCUCGACAUUCUUGACCGCAACUGAAAAACUGCAAUUAGUCUACUUUGAGUGUUAUCAAUAAGCAUAAAAUUUGGGCUACUUCUCAGCAUAGUUCCGCACAGUUACAGACAGAUACUUGACCAUACUUGUUAACUGGUAUUGGUAAACUACUCUUAUUAGUUUAUUAUCAUAAUCAGCACAACCGGCAAAUUCCAAAAGAAAGAAGAUAGAUUCCGUUUUUGGUUGAUACAUUUUAGAGUAAGCUGUUAUUUGAAUGAUCACCGAAUUGGGAUUUCGACGUCCCUAACUGAAUUGUGUAGUUAAACCAUGUUAGUAUUUGGCACAGUAUCGUGUCUUUUUUACAGACUGAAAGGUCAUACUGAAACUUCUUCCUAACGCGAGUUUUACUUUCAAAGUUUUCACGCACAGUUGGGACAAAUCAGAUCAAGUUAAGUGUUCUUAAAUCUCGAAAUUGGACAACAUGUUCUAUGAAAAAAGAAAGAUGUUGAAGUGUAGCAGUAUGCGACAUUGGUCGCGUGCAGCCACAAGGCCAGUUUUGUUAUCUUCACAGCUUCUGAUAAGAUUUGGUUUGCUGCACCCGUAUCUUUUUAUAUCGACUGUGAUGAAUUUUCUUAUUCGGAGUAACAUUUUCAAAAAAUGCUAUCAACACUUAUGGUCAAGCUGUUAAUUACAGUAUAUUCUUAUUGUCAGUCAGAUAACAGAUAAAUCAAUCAAGAAUUUUCCUAACAGUUGACGUUGCAGGGGUUUCCAAUCUGCACAAAUAAGGAUGGUGGAGUAGGAACUCUUCCUUUCGUUUUUCAUUUAGAUUCUAAGGAAAUGCAUGCGAAACGCGCCUCUGCGGCAGGUAUUUGAAGUAGAAUCAGUGCCACGAGUAGAAUGCAAGUCUGUUGGUCUGAGAAUCAGACUAGGAACUUGAUCGAGCUGGUCCCCAAUUUACACCUUCUAUUUCGCCACCAACCAUUAUCACAACAUGGUAGCCCCUGUUUGAAUCCUACGCUAAGCCGCUCACUUGCUGGGAUUUCAUAAGUGUUGUGUUUGAGUUUAUGAUGUCCACCUCACUCCUAUCUCCACUUUUGAAGGAAUUCUUUAUUAUUAUUUAGUGGGAUUUUAUUCACUGUGCAGCGAAAAUAGGUCUAUUGUAAUAAAACUACUAGUUAAUGCAAGUAGCGUAUUUCUUUCGUAAGUACUUGAAACUUUCUUCGCAACGCUUUUAGAAAUAUACCUUAAAAAUCAACAUUGCCCUUUGUAAACGCUUAGCAACCUUCAAUAAAAUAUGAUUAAAAAAUCAACAGGAUGUCGAUUAAGUUUCAAACUCUGAAUUGUAACUUCUUUAGUUUCUACAUUCUUUCGCUCUCUACUCGACCUCGGACAAAUCCACUUCGGUCUGUUAGCACUUAAAAGGAAUACUGAUUGCCUCGCAAUUGAGUGACUCUCCUUUUAUUGGAAGGCGAACGUAAGUAUAAAAUAGCUUUUCUUUGUCGUUUCUUCUCUAAAUCUUAAAAAUUUUCCUUACAGCAAGAGAGAUAAAAGGAAAGAGAAAGGGGCAAAAGACAGCCACAAAACGUUUUUCCUUCGUCCAUUAAUUUGCUAGUUGUACACCGGUUACUCUCACUUGGUUUCUAGUGUUUUAGGUAUCAAUGCACAAUGUAAAUAUUUUGUAGAGCAAACCGCUUUUUGUUUGUAGAGUCAAUGUCGAUUCGCGACCAUGUUUUGCUUUUGUGAAAUAGACUAAGCUUUCAAAACACUGGGUGUUUACAGCUUGUUACUUAAGGAAAAAAGCUGCUUAUUCGUUCAUUAAAAGCCAUCAUAAGUUAUUUAUGUGCUUUGCGGUAAGUAGACGGAGCAAACAAUCCCUACAAUUGAACAAAUGACGCUCCGUUCUCCUACGCAUUCACUUUUCUAGUGAAGACUUUCUUAUUUUCUUUUCUCAGGCAUUUCUAAGCUUUCUACCACUACGGCGCCUUUUUCGGAUACCUGGACUUUCACGAGGACCAAACCUACAAAAUCUAGUACCAAAGUAAGUAACUCAGUACAUCUUUGCUGACUCAGUGUAAUACUCGUACAUUUCGUUUACAAACGCGUUAUAACAAGUAAAGUAAGAGAGAAAAAACUCUCGAGAAUUUUUGUCCUCGUUUAGCCCUAACUAUAAGAACUAAAUUUUUGCUCUUUAAAGUAAUUUAUCUUGUAGUGAAUUCUUCGAUAGUUAACGUGUUGACUGAUAAAACUGUGAUCGAAUGAAAAUGAUGUGGCGUCAAUUAUUUUCUUUUUAUUGCUGAUUCUUGACGCACUUAAAGGCAUUGAUAACUAAAAAGGAUAAUACAUACUUUGAAUACUCACGAAGUUUGAGUUUCUAAAGAAGUAAACGCAAUACUCUCGGUUUUUAUAAUUUUUACUUAAAAUAAACUGGGGUCAAGACAAUUUUGAAGAUGAUCGAUCGCUGCCUGGGAUCAUUUUCAGUAAGAAAAGGGAGUGAAUAAAUAAAGAUCGUUUUUGGACUUGAUAAGUUUCAUGUAAUUUCAUUUUUUAAUCCAAUAUGACUGUGGAGGUCAACGGCAGACCAAAAGAUAUAUCAUAUUCCCAUUUAGCCACCCUUCCUCCCCCUGAUUCUGUCUGUGUGACCCCCCCCCCCCUGCUCAAGAAUUGUCGUUUAAGCAGAUCACUGCCAGUGAUAAGAAGACCAAUUGUCGUUCAAUAUGAUGAUGGUAGGAAACAAUCUUUCUACGUACUCAAAGAAUGUAUGGCAUAUUAAGUAUCUUUUAUUGACCGUUCAUUAACAGAUAAAGGAAAACGUUCAUUUUCUUUUGGUAAAAGCUCGUCUUUUGAUUCCGCACAAUAAGCAUGUUCCCAUAAAGAGUCUCUAUUUCCAUGCCGUUUUCGCUUUCCUAAGUCACUCUAGAGUGUGUUUUAUUCGCGGUUCUUUUUGUGCAUGAAAUGGUUUUUAAUUCAUUGACCUGGUUGUUAGUGUUCAAGCAGUCUCUUGAAAACGCAGACUGAAACAACAGCGACGGAUAAGAAUCAACUAAACGACCAAGCCGUGACACUCGAGAAUCGCUAAUUUACUAAUCUGCAAAAUCAUAAAUCAGCUCGAAGUCUAUCUGGAUGUGAAGUACCGAGUUAAUGAGUGAACAGAGGAAUAUGGCGUAUUUUUCAGAAAACUCUCUCACAUGAAGUCUGUUUCAGGCUCUCAAAGAUUGAGAAGAAGAUGAAGUUGAAGGUCUCCUCUCUCUCUGUCCCUCCAGUUCUCACCCUUUUUUAAAAUAAUAUUCCUUUUUCUUCACCUUCUGACACCCUGUAACCAGGCAUCAUAUACGGGAUAUAUAACACUGCUGACUUUUCAUUGUCGUUUUUUAUCAGUCCUCCACCGUCAAGCGCGAGCAAACAGAAACAAAAAGAACAACGGAAAGAACCGAAGAUGUCGCGACAACCUCCGGCAAGACGACGAGUGAUCAUGGACUCGGACGAAGAACUGGGUCAGAAGGGGAACUCGGGGGACAGCGAAGCAAUCCGCGUAAGUUCGUGGUUUACUAUAAAAUACUUAGUUUUUGUUUCGCUGCUAGAAGUAUAAAAUGAACAAAAAGCCUUAGUUCUUGAGAUUGUGUAUUUAGUUACGUCAAUAUGUAAUGUGAUGCUGGGUUAGUGAGGUUGGCUAUAUGGUGAAAAAUCAGUGUUGUCAGUUAUAAACCAGAGUGAUCUGAAAGCUAAAACAGAGCUGGUGAUUUGUUUCCUUUCCAUAUUUAAUUAUAUUUAGUUCGCGGUAUUGCUGCUUCCCGAACACAAUGAGUAAGUAAGAGUUUUUCGGGGAAUUAGUAUCCUCUUUCAGUCUUGUAUGAACUAAAAAUUAAUCGUUAUCCUUUUCUGUUGCAUCCCACAUUUAAAGAAUCCGGUUAAAGAACAAAGUCCAAGGAAACUGUACUGAAUUCCGUCACCGAAAACGAACAAUAUGUCUCAAUUUAUUGGCUGAUGAUUUUCUUCUUCUUCUUUAAUUUCCUGUAGAAAUUGUUCCGUAUGUUCUCUCGAAAGCAUAACCCAAACACAGCUCUUCUUCUUCGCUACGCUGUUUGUUUUUUCCUUGGAGGACUAGUUGGCCUUAUUCCUUACUUAGUUUUUGUCAUUGAACUCUGUAAAGGUUUGUCUCCUAGCUCUGUUUUCUACCUUCUUUACACACUGUCACUUGUUUAAACACGAAAACUGAACAUUGCCUUACUGACGUGUUCUAGAGGAAAGCCACAAGGUUUUUCUCCGGAUCAUUCUUCCCGGUUUUUUCUUGCUGUUUUUCUGUAUAAUAUUCAGUUUGGUUUGAAACAUCUUGCCUUCAGUUUCUAUCAACAGACCCAUCGAGGUCUGUGAGAUAUGUGUGAGAUAACUUUGAGUUAUUAUUGAUAAAUAAAGAAUGAAUGAAAUUCUCUAGGUUUUCCUCUAGAAAUUAUUACUGAUCUUUCAUGGCUCGCCCAGGAAGUCCCGCGACCACACUAAAAUCGGUUUACUGAUUUAUUUGUUUUCACCUCCACUGCUUAUAUUCUCAGUCGGUUGAAUGCUUACUCUUUACUCCCAAUUGCGUAGCACUGAACUGAUCUCCAGACAUCUCUCAUGCAUUUUAAAACUGGCGAACGCAAAUGGGACGAGACAAAGUGAGGACGAUCUAUCGAUCGUAAAACCUUUCUGUCAUUCUUUGCGCUUGUUCCUUAUACUCGUAAGUCUUUAAACCCCUUCCAAAAAGAAGUGGUACGAGAUGAUCCUAACCAACAUUCCUUUCCGUGACUUUGCUUUACAUUAACACUAUGGCUUAUAUCGAAAAGUAAGUUCUGAAGAGAUAGCCGGUACCUUUUCUCUUACAUGGUUUCUUGUAAUACUCACUCACUGUUUACAGCUAAUUUAGAAGUAAGAAACGCUCAUCUCCCUGAGCUUAAUGGAUAUUCCCAAGGAAAACAAGAGCCAAGUAACAAGGCAGUCACGCCUUAUAAUGGAAUCAACCGUGUGAGCGAAUCGAUAACAACAACAUCUAAUAUUGGUAUGUUUAUCCUGACUUUGGUGUCGACAGUGAAUAAUCUAAGUUGAUCUCUAUCUUUCGCAGCUUUUUGUCCCGCAGUACAUCGUUUUUUCGUCCGGCAGUUAGUAAAAAAUCUCUUUAAAUAGGAGUUUAGAUCGGUUUUGAUAAGCCUUAUUAUUACUUCAUUGUUUUAUGUUUUUUUUUUCAAUUUUAUAGAUAUUUUACCACUUAUUGUUGACAUAUUGUAUCGCAUUUUAUUGUUCAUUGCAUUCUUACCUUUUAAACUAUCUUUAAGCGUUUGUAAUAUAUUUGUGCAAAUUUUAUGUUUUACUAGCACUUGAAAAUGACCUCGGAGAGGUCGAAACGUUGUGACUUUUUAUCGCUAGCUUUUAUCACAAAAUUUAGUAGGAGGAGCAAUAUGAGUCUUAAGAAGUUUAUGAGAAAAUAAUUUGCCAGUAAAUUUAAUGUAACAGAUAGGAAAUCGCUUAUAAUAACUCAUUUUUUCUCUUUUAAGAGAACAAAUUAAAACUGAUUAUUAGAAAUCGACUUUCUUGGCUAAGAUAUUAUCAUAGUAAGAUACAUGGCGCUAUUAGAAUAUUGCCUCAAGCGUCAUAUCACUCACUGCUUAGAACCCUAUUUUUUUCCCUUUCUCUUUUUCAGGAAUAAACAUUACAACACCCAAUGUGAGUUCAACUGGACCCACUACACCGCGCCCAACACGAGUAGUAAAAACGGAAAGAAAAGGUAAACGCAAAAAUAGAAAGAAAUAGGAUUCAAAACUCAGUUUCUUAUUUAACAGAUCUAGCUCCUUGGUAGCCAACUGGUAGUGGACACAAUCUCUUUUUAAGGGGGCAAUCUGGUUGUUCUUCCUGGGAAACGGGGUCGAUUUCAGAAGGAAAUAAAAAAGGGUAAAAAAAAGUUUUCCACGGCACAUAAACCAGUACUUAGUCUGCUCAAGUGAGCUCAGGGGCAUUUUGUUUUGGUGGUCAACUAUCUGUCCACUUAUUAUUCCCUUCAUAUCGUAAUUUUUGUCAACCGCCACCGUAUCCAAUAUUUUCCAGUUUUGCAUGAUUUAAACUUUCCCCACUCCAUUUUUAUUCUAUAAAUGCUUUUGAAAAAUCACACAUUUAUUGAACCAAUCAAUGAAAUACAGUAGACCAAUCUGGCCUUUGAACGGAUGCGAGGCCUGGAGGUGACUUUGUAUAUUUUUCAGCUGUAAACGAAUGAUUACAUUCACUGGCUUGUUAGCUAUAGGAUGAGAAUAAUACCAAUGGCACAUGAAAAGCAGGAAGAUUUGUAACAAGACACGAGCAUCUACAGCCUUGCUUCUAUUCAUAGGUCAGGGGACUGCAGAAACAACUAUAAAAUGGCUUUUUGCAUUUGAGAGUCAAGCGGGGUCCCAUUCUAUUGACGGGAACCGUGGUUAAGCAUAAAGGUUGGGUCUAAAAGUACAAACGUUAAGUAUAAAAGGUCAGGUUGUAAACAAGCGGAUCAGGUAUCAGUUUAUGGUUGUAAUACGGCUUCUGUAAAAUAUAGCGAGAUGUACCCCACGGCUGUCAGGGGCGUAGCCAGCCCAAAGACCCCUUGGCCUGGGGCUACAAAUUUUUGGUUUGAUCACUCUACCGCUUGUAAUAAAUUAUGCGUUGUUGGGGUGAGCUCUUAAAAGAACUCAAAGGGUUGGUGAGGUCAGUGCGUUACUAGUCAUGCGUGCAUGCAAUUUUCGGGAUAUGUCGAAAUAAAAGUCAACCAGGCCUACAACUAGUCGAAAAGCUGGCUACGCCCCUGGCUGUCAAAAAAGUUAAACAAUAAAAAGGCUUUGCACAACAAACACAAGGUGCAAACAAACUACAGGUUUAUACAAACGCCGAGUUCACGAGCCCAAAUUUUAGAAAAAAUGGCGGAGCGUAUUAUAGGUCCAACUUUUUCGCGCGGGAACUGUGUACGCGCGUCAAGCUCGAUCGAUUACAAAUCCCGCGAAGGCGUAGUCUGCUACACAGCCGUUUGUAGAGUUGUCACGCAACGUUGGGUGUCGACACUAAAAACGGCUGUGUAGCAGACUAGCGAAGGCGGGAACCACCGCCAUUUGGAAGGAAAGCAAGACGGUUUGCAAAAAUGUACUUUAUAUUUUCUCCCGAGCCUGAUCACUAAUUGUCAAGGUAGAAGAAUGGCUAAAAGCACUUGAUAUAUUAUAAUUCGUGUAUGAAAAAUCACAAGCAUAAAUCUGUUUUGGUUACUUUGUUUUUCUUUUCAGCCGAAGGAACCGGUAAUGACGAUAUCUCGCUUCAGUGUCCUGGUGCUUUAAAGAUCAUCCGCGUGGCCGCAUUUGGAAUUCCCGGCGACAACAAUACCGUGAGCGACUUUGACAAGCACUGUCAUGCUAAUCUUGCACAAGUUGACGAAACAAACGUCUGCAUCGUGAGUCUGAAACGAGUUUACAAAACCAGCUAUCCUCCAUUCAUAAAGACAAUUGUAACGUACACUUGCUUAUACACAGAAGAGGUCAGCUAA